UCGAGGUAAAUAACAGUCGCUUGUUUUCAUCUGUCGGGGAUUUUGGACCUGACAUAUUUCGGCGUGGUGUUUCCAAGACUUUUAGUUCGCCAUUGCAAAGCACCCGAUGCGUUCUUUUACAGAGAGCAAAGCGAGAAUGUAGCGUUGUUACCUUUUUUAUUUUAAAAGGUGACGGCGGAUGUUCCUCCAUCCCUCCCAUCACCGCGGGUCUCCCUCCGUCUGCUUUCUGGGCGGCUGUCAGCUCCUAUCACUAAUUCCAGGACAAGCUCGGCGGCGUGUUCCGUUGUCCGGAGGGUCGUGUUCUGGAUGAAUAAGCUGGCGGGGCUCCGUGCCUGUGGCCGCCGGGCGGGCCGAUGCUAGGAGCGUGGGAAACAUAGCGGUGCGGGUCGGAGAGGAGAUGUCAGAGCGGGAAUGCCUCGUCUUGGAGACUGUGCUGUAGUUGAGGGUAUACACGAGUAUACACAGUACACCUACCUCUCUGACUUGGUAUAUAGACUUGCGGAACAACUUUUCAGUCUAACUAGCAGUUACGCGUGUAUGGAUGGUGGGGUCGCAGUAUGCCCACCCCCUCAACUACCACUACACCCCUGGCUCGAGGGAGUAGCAGCAUCGGAGGAGAAGAGGGGCCCAUGUCUGCCACCCACGCCUCUUCUGUCGGCUCCUCUUUCCGGUUCGUCCCGGCUUUCUGCCUGGGCGUGGUGGCAGCAGUAGUGUUCAACCUGGCUUGUGGAGGCCUGACUCUCACCUCUUUCUUCUUGAAGUUGUUCAUCUAUGUGUCCUUCGCCCUGCUUUGUUUCCUGGCCGGCAGCUUUGUCCUGCUAGUCAGGAAGAGUCCUCUCAAAGUCAACAGCUUUCACAGACACAGGAGGCAGUCGACUGUCCGGCUGGAGUUCUUCAACAAGCUCAUGGCCCGUUUUUUGGUGCCACUUCAGGAGUCAAACCAGAGCAAGAGGGUGGUGGUGUCGCACAACGUGGACAAAGCUCUGAAGGAAGUGUUUGACUACGCGUACCGAGACUACAUCCUAUCCUGGUACAUCCCUUUGAGUCAUGAUGAGGGUCAGUUGUACUCCAUGCUGUCAGAGGAUUGGUGGCAGAUGAUUGGGCAGUUGCGAUCCAGGCUUGCUGAGAUUGACCUCGUCAAUGUGGUGUGUUAUGACACCAUCCGAAUCCUACACACACACUUCACUGACCUGAAGGCUGCAUCUGCAAGACCAGAGGAGUGUGCCCGACCGUUUCCUCUCCAUCCCUGUUUGGUCAGUCCAGAAUCGGAGCUGGCGUUCCUCCGCUGUGUAGCCAGAAUACUGCUGCUAUGUCUGCUACCACACAAGGACGCCAAGUCACACACACUACGCUGCUGCCUCACAGAAGUCAUCACGACUAAAGUGUUGAAGCCUUUGGUCGAGGUGCUAAGCGACCCAGACUCCAUAAACCGGAUGCUGUUGUCUCAGCUGGAGCAGAGGGAGCAGCAGGCUGAGCAGCAGAAGAAAGCCUACACCUACGCUGCCUCCUACGAAGACUUCAUCAAACUCAUAUCAACUUCAGCUGAUGUCAAUUUCCUCAAACAACUCAGGUAUCAGAUAGUGGUAGAGAUUAUUCAUGCCACCACCAUCAGCAGCCUGCCUCAGCUCAAGAAGCAGAAAGAGCGAAAAGGUAAAGAGUCAGCAGCCAUGAAGGCAGACCUGCUCAGGGCCAGAGAUAUGAAACGAUAUAUCAAUCAGCUGACUGUUGCUAAGAAACAAUGUGAGAAGCGGAUCCGCCUCCUCGGUGGACCAAACUACGAGAACAGUGAGGACGGAGGGGCUGAUGACAGCGAUGAUCCUCAAAGUCAGAAGAUUCUCCAGUUUGAAGACAUCAUGUGUAAUCCAGGUUACCGGGAGCAUUUCCGAGUUUACAUGGAGAGAGUUGAUAAGAGAGCACUGAUAAGCUUCUGGGAACUGGUGGAAACUCUGAAAACUGCCAACAAGAACGAGGUGCCCCAAAUCGUAGGAGAAAUCUACCAGAAGUUUUUUGUGGAGAGCCGGGAGAUUCCAGUGGAGAAGUUUCUUCUUAAGGAGAUCCAACAGAGUCUGGUGGGGAACAGAGGAACACAAGUCUUUAUUAGACUACAGGAACAGGUGGCUGAGACGAUGAGAGAGCGGUACUACCCUUCCUUCCUGGUUUCUGACCUCUACGAUAAGCUGAUCAGACGAGACGAGCCCCAUAGCCAAUCACAAUGUAGCACUGAGGAAAAGGAGGAAGGGUGUCAGGGUCUAGACGCAGGAGAGGAGGUCGGUGACGAAGGCAGUAAAGGAAUCAAUGAGCAGGCCAGCUAUGCUGCUACGAAACUCCGCCAACUCUACGACAAGCUGGAGUACAAGCGACAGGCCCUUGGCUCCAUCCAGAAUGCACCCAAACCAGAUAAGAAGAUAGUGAGCAAACUAAAGGAAGAGAUAGGAGCCAUGGAGAAAGAACACGGUGAACUCCAGCAACACAUCACCAGGACUGACUGGUGGUGUGAAAACCUGGGCCACUGGAGAGCUAUUAUUACUACUGCUGAGGCUACAGAGGAAGGUGGCGAGACUGUAGCUUGUUACAGCGUGUGUGUUAGCCUGGUAGAAGGAGAGGAGACGGCCAACAGUCGCUGGAGCGUCCAGAGGAAACUCACUGAAUUCCAGAUGUUGCACCGCAAGCUCACUGAGUGUUUUCCAUCGUUGAAGAAGCUCCAGUUACCGUCACUCAGUAAACUUCCCUUCAAAUCCAUCGACCAGAAAUUCUUAGACAAGAGCAAAACACAGCUCAAUGCCUUCCUCCAGCGUCUGCUGACCGAUGAACGACUGUGCCAGUCAGAGGCUCUCUAUGCGUUCCUCAGCCCGUCUCCAGAGCACCUCAAGGUGAUGUCAAUCCAGAAGAAGUCCUCUUUCUCUCUGGCCUCCUUCCUGGAGAGGCUGCCUGGAGAUUUCUUCUCCCAUACUGAGGAGGAGGCUGAUGAUGACAGUGACUUGUCAGACUACGGUGAUGAGGUAGACGGGCGGAGAGACGCCCUGGCUGAACCCUGCUUUAUGCUCAUAGGAGAGAUCUUCGAGCUCAGAGGAAUGUUUAAGUGGGUGAGGAAGACUCUAAUUGCACUAGUCCAGGUGACAUUUGGACGAACUAUCAACAAACAGAUCCGGGACACAGUAAACUGGAUCUUCUGUGAACAGAUGUUGGUGUGUUACAUCAGUGUGUUCAGGGACACCUUCUGGCCUAACGGGAAGUUGGCGCCACACGUCAAGGUCCGAACGGACACUGAACGCAAUGAAACUAAGGAACGGGCUCAACAGAAACUACUUGACAAUAUCCCAGAUGCACUAGCAAAUCUAGUUGGCCAGCAGAACGCCCGCUACGGAAUCAUCAAGAUCUUCAAUGCCCUGCAGGAGGCUAGUGCCAACAAACAUCUUCUCUAUGUAUUGAUGGAAAUGUUACUCAAGGAAGUAAGCCCUGAACUCAGCGCGGAGGUGGACAGCAUCUGAACACACUUGUAUCACUUUACACACACAGUCUUUGGAUCUUUAAGGCCUCUCUGUAGCUGACCAAUCAUAAACUGCCAAGCUAGACAGGGACACGGCCUUUUCGGGAAACCUCAGACAGAAAGCAGCCGUGUUGGUCACAGCUGGGACACAUGCUGAUUCUGUUGGUAGAACUUUGCUGUGAAAUGAUGAAAAGCCGGGCUGACACCAGACUGAAAGGGGUUUGACUUUGUUGUGGUACAGAUCUGAACAUCUGAACGGGGAGAAACCACAUAGAGUCCGACUUCUUCCUAUUUAGGCAGCAGUCUAACUACACCAGUCAUGUUUGUACUGAAAAGUCCACAUUCACUCAAGAACAAAUUGUAUUUUUGACAUUAUGUGACCCACUUCUGUAGUUUUCUUAUUUCAAUAGCACAGAAACAUCAGACCUGUACCACAACAAAUUGAAAUUAAAUGUUUUAUUACUGCAUAAAUCAUGGCGGUCUAUAGAUUACACGGCAGAGUAACAGAUCAUGAACGUGAACAACUUGAUUGUUUGGUUAUUAAUUUGUAGAGCUGAUAAUCUAAAGACCUCAAUUAAAUGCAGCAAAGACAGUUGAAGUUCAGAUUUCCUGUUGCCCUUUAAAGGCAACCAGUAUGUGUCGAUGACCUCUGAACAUUCCUCCUACACACAACCUGAGCAACACUUGUGUUCUGUGAUUCUUGUUAAGGCUUAUAAUUGUGCAAUAUAAUGUUAUGUAAAAGUCAUUGUGAUGAUUUUAUUUAUGAUUGUUAUUGAUAGAUUUUAUUUUUACCAAAAAUUGUUUAGAGAGCGUUUAUAUAAGCAAUAAAUUGCGAACAAAAAGUU